AGGCGUACGCCCGUCCCCUAGUGUCCCAGGCUCACGCGCACACCACAUGAGUCCGAGGCGGGGAGGCGGGGCUAGCCUAAAACACCAAUGGAAGCGGGAGUAGGAGGGCUCGCGCCGUGACGCAAGAGGCGUGGCUUACCAAGCCUGGCCAAUGAGAGCGGGAAGCGCUGGGCUCAUCUGUAGGCGCGCGAGGAGGGCGCAUGGCGGAUACUGUGUUGUUUGAGUUUCUUCACACGGAGAUGGUGGCUGAGCUGUGGGCUCACGACCCCGGCCCGGGGGGACAGAAGAUGAGCCUGUCGGUCCUGGAGGGUAUGGGGUUCCGUGUGGGCCAGGCUCUAGGCGAGAGGCUGCCCCGAGAGAUGCUGGCCUUCAGGGAGGAGCUCGAUGUCCUGAAGUUCUUGUGCAAAGACCUGUGGGUGGCCGUGUUCCAGAAGCAGAUGGACAGCCUGCGCACCAAUCACCAGGGGACCUACGUCCUGCAAGACAACAGCUUCCCCCUCCUCCUCCCGAUGGCCUCUGGCCUGCAGUAUCUGGAGGAAGCGCCCAAGUUCCUGGCCUUCACCUGCGGCCUCCUGCGCGGCGCCCUCUGUACCCUGGGCAUCGAGAGUGUGGUCACCGCCUCCGUGGCAGCCCUCCCCGUCUGUAAGUUCCAGGUGGUGAUUCCGAAAUCCUAAGCCCGCCCUGCACCCGCCGAGCCGCACUGCUGCCCCUGGCCUCACCGGCCUCAGGAGAUGGUGGGACCGCUGCAUUUCGGGGUGGUCUUGGGGAUCCCAGGCCCUAGGGGUCACAUUUACUCAGGAAGUGGGUAUCAAAUUGAGGUGGGGGUGUCACAGGAGGCAAAGGGGUCCCAGCUGCGGUCAGGACUGUGGUGGGAUUCCCGCCUUGGCAGCGUUACUGCCCAGCAGCUGCUCAAUAAAGGCUGUGUGUGUGGAA